AUGUCACUCUCCGGUAAAGUCACCCUCAUCACCGGCGGCGGCAAGAACCUCGGCGCCACGAUUGCCACCCUCUUCGCCGCCGACGGAGCCCACCUGGCCUUGCACUACAACUCUGCCUCGUCGAAGGAAUCGACCGAGUCGCUGGCGGCGGACUUGGCGUCGAAACACAGCAUCACUGUCAAAACAUACCAAGGCGACCUGACGAGCGCGUCGGGCGUGGUGAAGCUGUUCGACGCCGUUUCCAGGGACUUCGGCAACAAGCUCGACAUCGUCAUCAACACCGUCGGGAAGGUGCUCAAGAAGCCUCUAACCGACAUCUCGGAGAAGGAAUACGACGAAAUGUUCGCCGUCAACUCCAAGUCGGCCUUCUUCAUCACUCAGGAGGCGGCCAAACGCGUCAGCGAUGGCGGCAAGAUCAUCAACACCGUCACCAGUCUCUUGGCCGCGUACACGGGGCUGUAUACGAGCUACCAAGGCUCCAAGGCGCCUGUCGAGUUUUUCACCAAGGGGUUGAGCAAGGAAUUGAUGCCCAGAAGGAUUAGUGUUAAUGCUGUUGCCCCCGGCCCGAUGGAUACUCCAUUCUUCUAUGGUCAAGAAACUCCCGAGGCCGUCGAGUUCCACAAAUCCAACGCCAUCGCCGGCCGCCUCACUCUCGUCAGUGACAUUGCCCCAAUCUACAAGUUUCUCUGCACCGACGGAGCGUGGAUAAAUGGUAAGCUGUCUAUUCCAUAG